CUCUCUGACUGCGCGUUCUUUUCUGUGGAAAGUGGAAACCCUUGCUGUCGCUCUCUCAUACAGCCAUGAAUAUCACCUCUCUUCGGCUAGAUACAAACCCUAUCACUGCUCCGCGGAGGGCCUUCAAUGGCGCUGGUGGAAGCUGUCUCAACACGCUACCUCGGCGCAUUGCUGUUCUCAACCACCAUCAGUGGAGGAAAUCCGGUCCGAUUUCGUGUUCAGCAUCUCCGCCAGUCGCUGUGGAAGAACAAACUAGCAACAAUUCGAGUCGAAUCGAAGCUCUGAGUCAGGUAUCCGGAGUGUUGGGUUGUCAGUGGGGCGAUGAAGGCAAGGGAAAACUAGUUGACAUCUUAGCGAAGCAUUUCGACGUUGUCGCUCGGUGUCAGGGCGGAGCAAAUGCUGGGCACACCAUCUACAAUUCUGAAGGCAAGAAGUUUGCACUUCAUCUUGUUCCCUCAGGGAUUCUCAAUGAAGAAACCAUGUGUGUUGUUGGAAAUGGAGUUGUAGUCCAUCUUCCUGGAUUCUUCAAAGAAAUUGAUGGCCUUGAAUCCAAUGGGAUCUCCUGCAAAGGAAGGAUUCUGGUAUCUGAUCGUGCUCACUUGCUAUUUGAUUUCCAUCAAGAGGUAGAUGGGCUUAGAGAAGCUGAAUUAGCCAAGUCCUUUAUUGGCACUACCAAAAGAGGAAUCGGACCUUGUUACUCAAGCAAAGUCAUUCGAAAUGGUAUAAGAGUAAGCGACCUAAGGCGAAUGGAUACUUUCCCUCAAAAGCUCGAUCUUUUGUUAUCAGAUGCAGCUUCAAGAUUCAAGGAUUUUAAAUACACCCCUGAUAUGCUUCGGGAAGAAGUUGAAAGGUACAAAAAGUUUGCUGAGAGAUUGGAACCAUUCAUCUGUGAUACAGUCCAUUUCAUGAAUGAAUCUAUAUCACAGAAGAAGAAGAUCUUGGUGGAAGGUGGUCAAGCUACCAUGUUGGAUAUUGAUUUUGGGACAUACCCUUUUGUAACCUCUUCUAGCCCUUCAGCUGGUGGAAUAUGCACUGGCUUAGGGAUUGCUCCUAGAGCCCUUGGGGAUAUCAUUGGAGUGGUAAAGGCAUACACAACUAGAGUGGGGUCCGGUCCAUUUCCAACCGAAUUAUUAGACAAAGCGGGCGACCUUCUCCGGUUUUCCGGGCAGGAAUUUGGCACAACCACGGGUCGUCCACGUAGAUGUGGUUGGCUUGAUAUUGUUGCUCUUAAAUAUGUUUGUCAAAUAAAUGGAUUUUCUUCUUUAAAUCUCACAAAACUUGAUGUUUUAUCUGAUCUUCCCGAAAUCCAAUUGGGUGUUUCUUACAAAAAUCCCGAUAAUACCCCCAUCAAUUCAUUCCCUGCUGACUUAUACGUCCUCGAACAGUCAAAGGUGGAGUAUGAAACGAUGCCAGGGUGGCAGACUGAUAUUUCAUCUAUAAGAAACUACUCUGAUUUGCCAAAGACCGCGCGUCAGUAUGUUGAAAGAAUAGAAGAGCUGGUUGGUGUGCCUAUUCAUUACAUCGGUGUGGGGCCCGGACGUGAUGCUCUUAUAUACAAGUGAGCAAGCAGGAUUUAUAAGAUUAAUAAGUUGUUUGUUUGGUUUUGUAUUGUUUGAUGUAUUUAUUCUCCCUUGAGAGAUGUAUCAAGAGUUAUGGGAUGCUACAUUUGUGCUCAAAUAGGGCAUGGCAAAACAUAUGUUGUAUUACAUCUCACGUGCAUUGGAUUGAGAACAAGAGUUUUGUUAACAUGGUAUAAUUGCAAUUUUUUGGGACA